AUGACAGCUGUCAACGAUGAGGAGAGAGCCGUUGACGUCGUGCAGGACCAGACCUUCAACGGCUAUCAGGAGCAGCACGGCAAGACAGAGUCCCAAUUAUACAUUAUAUUACUCACAAUGGUUCUCAAGGCUGUUCUAUACCUUGCGGUGUUGGGGUUUGCUACCCUCUCCUCUGCCGCCGGCCGUCCUGUUCCCGGAAAUUUGAAGAAUCUGUACAACAAGGCGAAGGCAGGUAAUAGUCGCUGUGCCUCGCCCCUUAGCAGCACAGGGUUCAAAGACGGUCAUGGACGGGGCGGCUUCACUUACUGCGGCGACCAUGAAGGGAUCAUAUACAUUACCGGCUCUUCCAACGCGAUGGGGCUAGCAGACAUGGACGUUGACUGUGACGGCGCCAACCGGUCAAAGGGUGACUGCGCCAACGACCCGUCUGGCCAGGGACAGACAUCUUUCAAAGAUGAAGUUGCCAAAUACGGCAUUGAAGAUCUAGACUCUAACAAGCAUUCAUACGUCGUUCUUGGGAAUGAGGGGAAGAGUCCUCGAUACCUACCUUCUGCCUCGGGCGUAGAGUCCCUUAGCGUCGUGGCAGUCGUGUGCAAUAACAAAUUGUUCUACGGCGUAUGGGGCGAUACCAACGGCGGCACCGAUACGGGCGAAGUCUCCAUAUCCCUUGCCCAAGCUUGCUUUCCCAACGAACACCUCAACGGUAACAAGGGCCAUGAAGGGCAUGACGUCCUCUACGUUGCAUUUAAAGGCAAACAAGCCAAACCCGGAGCCAAGGGCGCUUUGUGGAAGGCCAGGAAUUUCGACGCCUUCGAGCGCUCCUUGGCUAAUAUCGGUGAUAAGCUUGUUGCUCAGAUCAAGGCGUAG